CACUAAAACACUGCUGAUGCAUCUGCUCGAGCACAGUUGGCGGAGAAAGCUGUGAGCUGAGUCUGCACGAGACGACGGUAAAGUAGAAAACAGGAUGAGGAAGGUAGUCGUGCUGUUUGGUUUAUGGAGUCUUCUGUCCCUCUCACAUGCUCAGUUGACAGAUACAGCAGAGGCUGAAGGUGAGGAAGAGGCGGUUGAUCUUUUUACUACUCCACGCACCAAGUUGGCUGCCGCAACCUCUGAUUUUGGCUUCAACCUGUUCCGUCAGCUGGCAGCACGUGAUCCCAAGGCCAGCGUCUUCCUGUCCCCCAUGAGUAUCUCAGCAGCCUUUACACAGCUUUCAAUGGGGGCAUCUGAACGGGCUGAGAAACAGAUUUACAGGGCCCUCCGCUACCACACCCUGCAAGACAGUCAGCUCCAUGACACACUGAGAGACCUUCUAUCCUCACUCAGAGCAUCUGCCAAGGGCUUCAAGUCAGCAGAUCGCAUCCUUUUGGCUAGGAAACUUCGUCUCAGGCUGGAAUACCUCAACAGUGUAGAGAAGCAAUAUGGGGUGCGCCCUCAAACUCUUGCGGCUGGAGCCCGGGACCUUAAGACUGUUAAUGAUUGGUUUAAACAGCAAACUGGUGGAAAAGUGGAACAAGUCGUUCCUUCGCUUUCUCGUAACACAGCUGUGUUGCCUGUGGGAGCAGCCUUCUUAAAAGGUAAAUGGAUAACUAGGUUCAGCAAAGCUAAUAAGAUGGAGAACUUCCAGAGGGAUGGAGAAGCCCCAGCUCUUAUUCCCAUGAUGGAGCAGGAGAAUUACCCAGUGAAGAUGGGUAUUGACCCUGACCUUGGCUGCACGAUAGCCCAGGUUCCAAUGGAGGAUGGAAUAAGCAUGUAUUUCUUCUUACCUGAUGAGGUGACACAGAAUCUAACUCUAAUAGAGGAAGCACUUACAGCUGAAUUUGUCCAGGACCUUUCCAAUACCCUCCAUGCAGUACAGGUGCUGCUUACACUUCCUGUUAUCAAACUCAGUUACAGCACAGACCUGCUGCCCUCCCUCUCUGACUUGGGCCUGUCUGAAUGGUUGGCAGAGACAGACCUUGUCAAAAUUACCAAUCAGCCAGUCAAGUUAAAUGCUGUCCAUCAUAAGGUUGUCAUGGAAACCGCUCCAGAGGGCGCAGAGUAUGCCAGCACCACCCCCACUGUCAACGGCCAGUCGCUGGCUCUAACGUACCGCGUAGAACGGCCUUUCCUCUUUCUAGUCAGAGAUGAGCCAUCAGGCGCACUUCUCUUCAUUGGGAAAGUGCUGAACCCACGUGACAUAGGAAGGGUAUGAGACAGACACACUUACACUAACAAAUACAAACAAAUGAGAGACCAGCAACUUAUAUAUGAGCUUAUUUUAAGCCCAAGUCUAUAAACGGAAAAUGAAUAUUUUACAUAUCUUGACUUACAUGGCCAUUUGGAGCAAAAUUAUCACAGCCCAUUGACAUUUUCAGCAUACUUACGCAAUACAAACUCAAACAUUGGUAUGUGCACACAUUCAAUGUCAAGCUAUACUUCUGAUGAUAUGGUCCACUUGUGCUUUUAUUAGGGAUAUUUUAUGGAUAGAUUAGUGUACAUGUUCUGGAUCUUAGUCAUACAAUCUACAUUAGUAUUGAUGGAUAAUAACUUGAUGCUCUGACUAACUAUUCACAUCCAAAAAAAUCCCUCA